AGUGCGCGCACCCGCGUUUAUUUUUGGCGCACGCACACCCCUCGGUAGCCUCAAGGUCGGCGACAACCCUGAUCAGUCGGGGUCCCCCGCCCACCAGGUCUCCCGCCUGCCAAGGACGUGGGAAGGAGGAAGUCCCCCAGUGGUGGCGGGGCAUCUUGGGGAGCCCUGCAGUUUCAGCACUGUCGUACUGGAGCGGGGACAAGCAGAAGCCUGUCCCCCCAAAGGUGUGGACUUGGACCUUCACCAGUGGGCGGCCGGGGCCUGGCUGGUCCAAGCCUCGCCCCCGGCUCGCUGCCCACCUCCAGGGGCUCCUUGCAGCCCCUUGGCUCUCUCGGCCAGCUCUCACGGAAUUUGGCUCUGAGAAGCAGCUGGUCCUGGUCAGGAUCUCUGGUCCCUCUCAAAUGGAAACAGUUCCUCCCGAGGAAUCGGCUGGGAAUCUCAGUGGAAAUGCACUGGGGCUGGGCCCCCUGGCGUGUUUAGCCAAGGCCAAGCUUACCACUUUGAGGCAAGGGAUGCUUCAAAUGGAGCGGGAUUCCUGGUUACAGACUGAGAUUCUUGUAGAGAGAAUUACAAAAGGAUGGGAUCCAGCAAGAAGCAAGGGGAACCCAAGGAAUGGAGUGGGCUAUAAGCAGUAGUGGUCUGGAGGAAGAGGAAACACAGAGAAGCCCGAGGUCUGCGGUGGCUAAGCAGCCCCCAGACCCUGGAACAAGCCUCAUCUACAUCGCCAAAGUAGCCCUCGGACCUACCCACUCAGGCUGCUGGACCGCCUGAGCAUCAGAGCCCCGGACCUGGCAGCCAGGGGCGCCAGCCCCUCAUGUUCCGGAGAACGUGCAAAUGUGAUGUCAUGCCCAUUGUUUUGGUGCGCCCAACCAAUCGGACUCGCCGCCUGGAUUCUACCGGAGCCGGCAUGGGCCCUUCCUCGCACCAGCAGCAGGAGUCCCCGCUCCCGACCAUAACGCAUUGCGCAGGGUGCACCACCGCCUGGUCUCCCUGCAGCUUUAACUGCUCUGACAUGGAAACCCCAUUGCAGUUCCAGCGCGGCUUCUUCCCGGAGCAGCCGCCACCACCGCCGCGCUCCUCACACCUGCAUUGCCAGCAGCAGCAACAGAGCCAGGACAAGCCGUGCGCACCCUUCGCGCCCCUCCCGCACCCUCACCACCACCCGCACCUCGCGCACCAGCAGCCGGGCAGCGGUGGCAGCAGCCCAUGCCUCCGGUGCAACAGCUGCGCCUCCUCCGGUGCCCCGGCGGCGGGGGCGGGGGCGGGGGAUAACCUGUCCCUGCUGCUCCGCACCUCAUCGCCCGGCGGCGCCUUCCGGACCCGCACCUCCUCGCCGCUGUCGGGCUCUUCGUGCUGUUGCUGCUGCUCGUCGCGCCGGGGCAGCCAGCUCAAUGUGAGCGAGCUGACGCCGUCCAGCCAUGCCAGUGCGCUCCGGCAGCAGUACGCGCAGCAGCCCGCGUCCGCCUCCCAGUACCACCAGUGCCACAGCCUGCAGCCCGCCGCCAGCCCCACAGGCAGCCUGGGCAGCCUGGGCUCCGGGCCCCCGCUCUCGCACCACCACCACCACCCGCACCCGGCGCACCACCAGCAUCACCAACCCCAGGCGCGCCGCGAGAGCAACCCCUUCACCGAAAUAGCCAUGAGCAGCUGCAGGUACAACGGGGGCGUCAUGCGUCCGCUCAGCAACUUGAGCUCGUCCCGCCGGAACCUGCACGAGAUGGACUCCGAGGCUCAGCCCCUGCAGCCCCCCGCGUCCGUCGUAGGAGGAGGUGGUGGUACGUCCUCCCCGUCUGCUGCCGCCGCCGCCGCCUCAUCCUCAGCCCCGGAGAUCGUGGUGUCUAAGCCGGAGCACAACAAUUCUAACAACCUGGCGCUCUACGGAACUGGCGGCGGAGGCAGUACCGGAGGCGGCGGCGGUGGCGGCAGCGGGCAUGGCAGCAGCAGCGGCACCAAGUCCAGCAAAAAGAAGAACCAGAACAUCGGCUACAAGCUGGGCCAUCGGCGCGCCCUGUUUGAGAAGCGCAAGCGGCUCAGCGACUACGCGCUCAUCUUCGGCAUGUUCGGCAUCGUGGUCAUGGUCAUUGAGACCGAGCUGUCGUGGGGCGCCUACGACAAGGCGUCGCUGUAUUCUUUAGCUCUGAAAUGCCUUAUCAGUCUCUCCACGAUCAUCCUGCUUGGUCUGAUCAUCGUGUACCACGCCAGGGAAAUACAGUUAUUCAUGGUGGACAAUGGAGCAGAUGACUGGAGAAUAGCCAUGACUUAUGAGCGUAUUUUCUUCAUCUGCUUGGAAAUACUGGUGUGUGCUAUCCAUCCCAUACCUGGGAAUUAUACGUUCACAUGGACAGCCCGGCUUGCCUUCUCCUAUGCCCCCUCCACAACCACCGCAGAUGUGGAUAUUAUUUUAUCUAUACCAAUGUUCUUAAGACUCUAUCUGAUUGCCAGAGUCAUGCUAUUACAUAGCAAACUUUUCACCGAUGCCUCCUCUAGAAGCAUUGGGGCACUUAAUAAGAUAAACUUCAAUACGCGUUUCGUUAUGAAGACUUUAAUGACUAUCUGCCCAGGAACUGUGCUCUUGGUUUUCAGUAUCUCAUUAUGGAUAAUUGCCGCAUGGACUGUCCGAGCUUGUGAAAGGUACCAUGAUCAACAGGAUGUCACUAGCAACUUCCUUGGAGCAAUGUGGUUGAUAUCAAUAACUUUUCUCUCCAUUGGUUAUGGUGACAUGGUACCUAACACAUACUGUGGGAAAGGAGUCUGCUUGCUUACUGGAAUCAUGGGUGCAGGUUGCACAGCCCUGGUGGUAGCCGUAGUGGCAAGAAAGCUAGAACUUACCAAAGCAGAAAAGCAUGUGCACAAUUUCAUGAUGGAUACUCAGCUGACCAAAAGAGUGAAAAACGCAGCCGCCAAUGUACUCAGGGAAACGUGGUUAAUCUACAAAAACACAAAGCUAGUGAAAAAGAUCGACCACGCAAAAGUAAGAAAGCAUCAACGGAAAUUCUUGCAAGCUAUUCAUCAAUUAAGAAGUGUGAAGAUGGAACAGAGGAAACUGAAUGACCAAGCAAAUACCCUAGUGGAUCUGGCCAAGACCCAGAAUAUCAUGUAUGACAUGAUUUCCGACUUAAACGAACGGAGUGAAGACUUUGAGAAAAGGAUCGUCACCCUGGAAACAAAAUUAGAGACUUUGAUUGGUAGCAUUCAUGCCCUCCCUGGGCUUAUCAGCCAGACCAUCAGACAGCAGCAAAGGGACUUCAUUGAGACCCAGAUGGAGAACUACGACAAGCAUGUCACCUACAAUGCUGAGCGUUCCCGGUCCUCGUCCAGGAGGCGGCGGUCGUCCUCCACAGCGCCACCAACUUCAUCAGAGAGUAGCUAGAAGAGAAUAAGUUAACCACAAAAUAAGACUUUUUGCCAUCAUAUGGUCAAUAUUUUAGCUUUUAUUGUAAAGCCCCUAUGGUUCUAAUCAGCGUUAUCCGGGUUCUGAUGUCAGAAUCUUGGGAACCUGAACACUAAGUUUUAGGCCAAAAUAUGAGUGAAAACUCUUUUUUUUUCUUUCAGAUGCACAGGGAAUGCACCAAUUAUUGCUAUAUAGAUUGUUCCUCCUGUAAUUUCACUAACUUUUUAUUCAUGCACUUCAAACAAACUUUACUACUACAUUAUAUGAUAUAUAAUAAAAAAGUUAAUUUCUGCACAUA